AUCUUAUUAACCAAGAUUGUGGCUCUAUUUUCUGUGGGAAUUUGAAUGUCAGUUUUCCUUUCCGAUUAAAAAACCAACCUCUCCAGUGUGGUUGGCAUGACCUGGAAUUUGAGUGUGGACAACAACAAUCGCGCCAUUUUAGUUGGGAGAGAAUGGGAAAUUCUCUGUCCAACAAAUUUUUUAUGAAAAUUCUACAAGUGGUCGAUGCAAGUUUGGAUAUGAAUGGUUGCAACUCCCUUUCUCUUAGGGUCCAUUUGAUUGUGAGAUUUGAUUUUUCAGAAAUUAUUUUCUAACUUUUCUAAUGUUUGAUUGGCGGAAAAUAUUUCCAAAACACGGGAAAAUACCUUACAAUUUUUAGGAAAUUGUCCUAAAGCUCUCGGGCAUUCUUCUCCCUUCAUCCAGUAAGCUCUCUUCCUUCAUUUCUUCAAAUUUCCGUGAGAAAACUUCCCUGAGAAAACAUCGACAACCGAUUUUCCAGUAAUCCCCCACUCUCCUCACUAUCGAUUAUCGCUAUGGUUUUUCAUUUCCUCGGUUCCCUCCUCUCCUGAUCAGUGAUGACUCCACCAAUUGAGACUACAGUCAAGUCCUCUGACUCUCACUGCGCUUCACAUCCUCCUUUGAAUGAAAGGAUCCUUUCGUCAAUGACCAGGAGGUCCGUCGCUGCUCACCCAUGGCAUGAUCUUGAAAUUGGACCUGGAGCUCCUACGGUUUUUAACUGCACUACAUUUAGCAGCAUGGGCCAGGCAAGCACAGGUAGUGAGUUAUCUUUGCAACAAAAGGCUGAUGUUGGUGCUGCUGCCAUGGAUGGCAUGUGUGCGAUUCAUUUUGCGGCGCAGAAAGGACAUCUAGAGGUUGUCUGAACUCUACUUUCAUCAGGAGUUUCAGUGAGAGCCACUAAUCGCAAGGGAUUCACUCCACUUCACUAUGCUGUUCAAGGGUCCCAUCUAGAAGUAAUCAAAGUCUUAUUAAAGAAAGGUGCAAGUGGCUAGCAAUUUGAUAGCAGAUGGUGAAUCAGUUAAUGCAACGCUAACAGUCGGAGUAGUGUUUUAUGAUUAGAUUAUUUAGCCUAAGUUUUGAUUUUUGUGUGUUUUGAUUUGAACCCAGCAAGCUUCCUGGCAGCAGACAUUGUCAUUUUUUUAGUUGUAAGUGGCUAGCAAUUUGAUAGCAGAUGCACUUAAGCAGUUGCGCCAAAUACAGUCUAUAACAAUUUACUAAGGACUUGGUAUAUGUCUUGUCUUUUGUUUAA